GGGUCAUCAUCCGACGCUAGCUCAUCACUGACGACCGCUCAGAAUUUCAGGCGUUCUUCCCCCUCACCUCCUCUGGCCUGACAGACCCACCAGCCCAUCACCAUGAACUACCUUCGCCGCCGCCUAUCAGACAGCAGCUUUGUGGCCAACCUCCCCAACGGCUACAUGAUGGAUCUGCAGAGGCCGACCCCUCCAGGUUCGUCCACUUCCUCUCCCGCCUCCCCGGCUACAGAGAGGCGGAACCCUGCGAGCGUCCCAAGCCAGACCCAGGUGUCAGCCCCAGCCUCAGGCCCAGCUUUAGGCACAGGGAGCUUCCUCAGCUCCUUCUCCAGUGUGGUGAAGAGCGCUCAGAUGGCCCAGAACGUCGCCGCCGCUGCACACGCUAAAGCAGCAGCUGCAUCAGCUGAAGGUGCCUCUGCAGGAAGCAGUCAGCCAGCCAAGCCUGUCAUACGCAAGCCCAAGAUCCUGCUGGUGAUUGAUGAUCAGCACACAGACUGGGCCAAGUAUUUCCGAGGGAAGAAGCUGAAUGGAGAGUACGAGAUCCGGGUGGAGCAGGCGGAGUUCUCGGAGAUCAACCUGGCCUCCUACGUCAACUCGGGAUGUAUGGUGGACAUGCAGGUCAACAAAAGUGGCACUAAAGUGGUCAGGUCCUUCAAGCCAGACUUUGUCCUGAUUCGCCAGCACGCCUACAGCAUGAUCCCCGGCGAGGACUUCAGGAACCUUGUGAUUGGCCUGCAUUUUGGCGGCGUCCCGAGCAUCAACUCUCUCUUCUCCAUCUACAACUUCUGCAGCAAACCUUGGGUGUUUUCUCAGAUGAUUAAGCUCUACCACUCCCUCGGUGCUGAGAAAUUCCCCCUGAAUGAACAAACCUUCUAUCCCAACCACACACAGAUGGUGACAACUCCUUCCUACCCUGUGGUGGUCAAGAUGGGACACGCCCACUCUGGUAUGGGAAAGAUCAAAGUUGAAAACCAGCAGGACUUCCAGGACAUCACCAGCGUGGUGGCUCUGGCUGGGACCUACGCCACCACCGAGCCCUACGUCCAGUCCAAGUAUGACAUCCGCAUCCAGAAGAUCGGCAACAACUACAAGGCUUACAUGAGAACAUCCAUUUCUGGCAACUGGAAGGCGAACACAGGUUCUGCCAUGUUGGAACAGAUCGCAAUGACGGACCGAUACCGGCUGUGGGUGGACUCCUGUGCUGAGAUGUUUGGUGGCCUUGACAUCUGUGCAGUGAAGGCUGUCCACGGAAAAGACGGCAACGACUAUAUCAUCGAGGUGAUGGACAGCUCUAUGCCUCUGAUUGGUGAGCAUGUGGAGGAGGAUAAACAGCUGAUCACAGAGCUGGUCAUCAACAAGAUGGCCCACGUGCUGCUGGGAGUUUCCACACCACAGCCUUCCUCCGUCAAGACCACACAGCCCAGGCGAGGAGGGCACCGCUCUGCUUCCGCUUCUCCAUCCCAGUCAGCCCAGGGGUCACCUCAGCGAGCCCGCUCAGCCACCACCUCGCCCAGCCAGGCCUUCCAGCCCGGUCCCAUCCCCGCCUCCUCCGGGCCUGGAGCUCAGAAACAGUCACCACAGCUAAACAAAUCCCAGUCGCUGACCAACACCUUCACAGAGACCUUACGAGGAAACCUGACCGACGACGAGGCCAAAGCCGAGACCAUCCGCAGCCUCCGACAGUCCUUCGCCAGCCUCUUCUCCGACUAACAACUUGCCCAGAAGCUUCCUCUUCCUGUCGGUUGUCAGGUGUGAAAACACAAAAAAAAAAAACCUGACUGGUUCAUCUGAGUCUCCUUCCUCCUCCGAGCCUCAGCUUCCCGGUCUUUCUCUUUCCUUCUCCCGGUGCAAUCCGCUGUCCUCAAGUCAACAAUAUGUUUAUCACUAGAAAGGCCAACAGGUUUUCAGAGUGUUUGUCUUCCUUACAGGAGAGAGUAAGACGUGUUGGACAUCAGACGCAGACGCAGAGUCAAACCAAACCCCAUUCAGAUUUCUGUAACUUUUACUCCACUUUAUGAUCUACUCUGUUUCCUCCUCCUCUAAGAUCAUAUAAAGACAUACUCUACACCAGGUCCAUAUACGCUUUAGUUUAGCCAUUAUUUUGUUAAAGGUGCUAUAUGUAAGUUUUUUGCUAUAGCUACAUAGCCAACAUUAGCAUUAACAGCUGUCUACUCACCAGUC